AGGCGGCUGCGCGGGGCCCGCGGGCGGCGGCGGCGGCUGGUGAGUGCUCGGCCCGGGCGCGGAGGCCUCGGAGGUCGCCGGCCGCGCAGUCUAGGUCGCCCCCAGCCUACCCUCCGCCCUGCGGCCGGCGGCCCGGCGGCGCGGGCUGGGAACCUGGGGUCCCUGGAACUUUAUGCUUCAAGUUGCCCGCGUCCCCGGGUCCAUCUGGGCGCACGCCGACUCUGCAGAGCUGCCACUGGGCGAGUCGGGGAGGCGGCGUGUGGCCUUGUGAGCUCCGGACUGAGGGUCCUCCCCUGGGCCGCCGGCAUCAGGUUGUCUCGUUCUCUUGACACUUGUCACCUUUGUCUCCCCCUCCCCCCAAGGCUGGCGCGCCCGUGAGUGGAGACAUCCAAGACUGUAUGGAAAUUACUGGAGAGAAAAGUGCCUCCAGAGGAGCAGAGCUCACGUUUGGCCGGUUUGUGAUGACUGAUGAUUCUCUCUAACGCGAUGGCAUGGACCACAAGGAGAAAUAAAUUCCCGUCGCUGAUUGCAAAGUAAAAAAGAAGCAGGCGACAGCCCGAGGGCUGCCGGGCGAAAGAUGGACCCUUGUGAAGAUCUAGAAGUGCCCAGCAGUAAAUUUCAUGACUCCAGGGGCCAUGAACCUAGUGAACUUGAAGGAGCCCAGGCCAGCGGUCCCGAGGCCCUGGGGAAAGAAUGCGAGGAGAUGAGGAGCCAGAAAUGCCGCCUGCAGAGCAAGUCCGGGGGGAGCAGGCGCAGGGAACAGCAAGAUCGAAACAGAGUUUCUGAAGAACUUAGAAUGGUUGUCCAAGAAAUGAAGAAAUACCUGCCGUCGGAGAGACACAGUAAGCGGAGCACCCUAGAUGCCCUCAACUAUGCCCUUCGCUGUGUACACAGUGUGCAAGCAAACAGUGAGUUUUUCCAGAUUCUCAGUCAGAACGGAGCACCUCAAGCAGAUGUGACCGUGUACAGUCUUGAAGAGCUGGCCACUAUUGCUUCAGGACACACUUCCAAAAACACAGAUACCUUUGUGGCAGUUUUUUCAUUUCUGUCCGGAAGGGUAGUGCACAUUUCUGAACAGGCUGCUUCGAUCCUGAAUUGUAAGAAAGCUUUCUUGGAGUCCUCUCAUUUUGUUGAACUGCUCGCCCCUCGAGAUGUGAGGGUCUUCUACGCACACACCGCCCACGCUCAGCUUCCCUUCUGGAACAACUGGACCCAAAGAGCAGCCGCGCAGUACGACUAUGCUCCUGCGAAGUCCUUUUUCUGCCGCAUCCGUGGAGGUGAAGACAGCGAGCAGGAGAAGCGUUACUCCCCAUUCCAGAUCCUGCCCUAUUUGAUUCAUGUGCACAGCCCUGCCCAGCUGGAAUCUGAGCCCUGCUGUCUCAUGCUGGUCGAGAAGGUUCACUCUGGCUACGAAGCUCCCCGAAUCCCAGUGGAUAAAAGGAUUUUUACCACAACACACAGCCCAGGGUGUGUUUUUCUUGAAAUAGACGAAAGAGCCAUGCCUUUGCUGGGUUAUCUACCUCAGGAUUUGAUUGGAACAUCUGUCUUAACGUAUUUGCACCCAGAAGACCGCUCUCUCAUGGUCGCCAUACACCAGAAAGUCUUGAAGUAUGCAGGCCAUCCUCCCUUUGAACAUUCACCCAUUAGAUUUUGUACUCAAAAUGGAGAUUACAUCAUAUUGGAUUCCAGCUGGUCCAGCUUUGUGAACCCAUGGAGCCGGAAGGUCUCUUUCAUCAUUGGUCGGCAUAAAGUUCGAACGAGUCCACUAAAUGAGGAUGUUUUUGCUACCAGAAUAAAAAAGAUGAACAGUAAUGACAAAGACAUAACAGAAUUACAAGAACAAAUUCACAAACUUCUCUUACAGCCGGUUCAUGUGAGUGCCUCCAGUGGCUACGAAAGCCUGGGAAGCAGUGGCUCACAGGAGCACCACCUCAGCGCAGCAUCUUCCAGCGAGUCCAGCGGGCACUGCACGGAGGAGGCACAGAAGGAACCAUUGACGUUGCAGCAGGUGUAUGCCAGUGUAAACAAGAUCAAGAAUCUAGGUCAGCAGCUCUACAUUGAGUCAAUGACCAGAUCACCAGAUAAGCAAGUGAUGGGCACACGCGUGGGCCGGCUUGGAGAUGAGCAGAAGGCCUUUUCUUCUUUCCGGACAUUGAAAAAUAAUAGCGUGUACACUGAGUCUUGUGAGGAUUUGAGAAAAGAUCAGCAUAGCCCAUCCUAUCAGCAGAUAAGCUGUAUUGAUAGUGUUAUCAGAUACCUGAAGAGCUACAACAUUCCAGCUUUGAAAAGAAAGUGUAUAUCCUGUGCAAACACAACUUCUUCAUCCUCAGAAGAAGACAGAGAAAACCACCAGGCAGAUGAUGUCCAAGCAUCGCAAGCUGUUUCUCAGAUCCCAGCCGUACCUAAAUCAGAAAUGCCCACCAGUGGACGGUGCACAGACGCUGAAGCGGGAGCUCCCCAGACCCUGUCCGCGGUGGCGCUGCGCCUGGGCUCUGGCAUCAGCCAGUGCAGUUACAGCAGUGCCAUCGUCCACGUCCCACCCCUAGAGUCAGCAGAAUUGACUCCGGCAGAGGAUGCCCCCCAAGCGCUUGAGCCCUGGACCCUAAGCACCCACCCGGCUCCACUCACCUCGGAGGAACGUAGGCACGGGGGGCUCACACAGGCAGUCCUGUCAGCCCACACACAGAAGGAAGAGCAGAACUAUGUUGAUAAGUUCCGGCAAAAGAUGCUGUCCUCACCCUACAGCUCCUAUCUUCAGCAAGAAAGUGGAAGCAAAGCUCAAUAUUCACAUGUUCAAGGAGAUUCGACUUCCAGGCAGACCCGGUCAGCCGGUUGCCGGAAGGGGAAGCACAAGUGGAAGAAGCUGCCUGUGCCGUCAGAUGGCAGAAGCUCCAAGGACACCUUCUGUCCCCACUGCAGAGGAGAGGUCCAGAACGUUCAGCCCCACUGCCCCGCCCCUGCCCUGCCUCCUCCCGCCACCGGCCUGUCCUUCCCAGCUGCAGUGAUGGUUCCUGGCCAGGCCCCUUAUCUCAUACCAGCUUUUCCCCUCCCAGCCGUGAGCCCUCUGGGAAGAGAACACACAGCAUCGGGUGCUGCACUGGAGUGUCUCCAUAAGCCGCUUCUGUCCAGCGGCUCGCAGUCUGUUUCAGCUCUCCCUUCUCCUCACUUAGACACUUUCUUGACCAUUUUCCUGCAUGACCCCCCUAUGUGUCCUCUGUUGUCACCAUCAUUCUCCCCAUAUCCACUUUUGGGAGCAACAGGCUUUUCUGAAAUACCAUCCUCAGUAUCAGCAAUGGCUCCAAACCUGGAACCACCGUCUUCAGUCGUCAGCCAAAGGAGAGAUGAGGAGAAAUGGGAGACACAAAGUGAAGAGCACCCGUUCCUUAGCUCAAGGAGCAGCUCCCCACUGCAGCUAGACUUACUGCAGGAAGCCCUGCCCAGAUCCUGGGAGUCUUCAGACCCGACGAGAAGGGAUGUUUGCCCAGAAGCUGAGUAUCAGAGUGUUACAGGCAGCAGUGGGAAUAGCAACAGUCAUUUUAUGGCCGGUGAGCUGUCCAUGGUGUUACUCCGCCAGGAGUCUCCGUCUGGAACUGGUUCUGCAGCAUCAGGAAGCAGUGACAGCAGUAUAUACUUUGCUACGAGUGAUUUUUCUUCUGAAAUCACCCCAAAUGGGCAGCAAUCUCAGGAUUACUCUCAGAGAAAAGAAACACUUCCCACUGUAGCUGAAGAGUCCAUCUGGAGAAUGAUAGAGCGAACCCCUGAGUGCGUUCUGAUGACAUACCAGGUACCAGAAAGGGUUAAAGAAAUUGUACUGAAAGAAGACUUAGAAAAGCUAGAAAGCAUGAGGCGACAGCAGCCGCAGUUUUCUCACGGACAGAGGGAGGAGCUGGCCCAGGUGCAUUCCUGGGUUCAGAGCCAGACUGUCCCUCAAGACAUAGACAUCCGGGUAGGCACAGUCAUAAAGCUGUCACCUGACAGAUGUCAUACCAGGCAGUGUGGUAGGCACUCAGUAUACGUUGCAUCAUCCCACUGAAACUUUAAUCCUCACAGUUACUUCUGGGGUAGGUGUGAUUGUCCCUGCUUUACCAAUAAACAGACAACACAGUAAGGUGUACAGGUAGGAAGUAGUUUGUAUAAGGUUACACAGUUCAUCAGAUUUUGAAUACAGGUGUUUUGACUCCAAGUGUUUUCUUUUUUUCCACCAGUUGGAAUGGUUAUGGGGCAAUAAGGAGUAAAGAGGCCUCCUUUGAUCCAUGAUUGACUGGAAAGGAGAGGCUAAGAGAUUCGAAUUUCAGAUAUGCAUGGGUAUUUGAGAAGAGUUAAAACUCAAAAUGUAAGAUUCACACCAGGGAUAGUGUUCAUACUUGGAGCCCAAGAGGCGUUCUUGAUGUUGUGAGAUCUUCUCGAUGAGAUCAUAUGUGAACACCCUGAACACUGCAGCUUUGAUUUACCGCUGGUCCCAGUGAGUGGCUCUGUACCGAUGGUUGUGACAGUUGUACUAGUAAUGAGGUCUGUAUUCCCACAAGAUGUGGGAGGUGAUGUGUGAAGUUAAAAAUUACAGCAAGAGAACAAAUUUAGGUAUUUAAAAAAGUGUGAUAUUAAGACUUAUGGAGUAAACAAGUCAUUAGAAUCCUCCCUACCCCUGUUUUUAAAGAAAAGAAUAAAUGCCUGACACUUAACAACUGUUAGAUGUGGUCUCUCCAAAAAGCAGGAGCUGGGCUGGUUACUUAAGUGUCUUCAUUUUUAAAAUAUAUUGUUUUUCUGAUUUUUGAGUACAAGAUUAUAUGAAGAAUGAACCCCAAAACAGUUUAAACAAAAGUAUUUAAACAGUUGCUGUCAUUUACCUUCUGAUAAUAAGGAAUGAACUAAUAACGGGUAUUCUUAGACAUGAGUAAGUUGGGUAAAUAGACGUAGAUUGCUGGGUCAGCAUUUUAUUGAUCUUGAAACUUUUCGGAUGACAUUACAUCAAAUAACCUACCUGCUCUUGUCCUUUUUUGGAGGGCUGUGUCACUUGCACAAACAAGGGGUCACUUGGUGAUGCUACAGAAUCCUGUGGUCAGGAUGCGUCAGAAGACACCAGUUGAGUGACUAUGGAGAUGGACCUGCACAUGCUUUCCAGGGCCUACUGGACAGCUAGACUUCUUUGUGUAUUUCUUUAAACCCCUGACUCUUAAGCGACCAUGAAGUUGUCAUUGAAUGUUAAGGUUUUUCCUUCUUGACUUUUUAAUAGACAUCAUUUUUCUGAAGCAUACGUCGUAUAUAAAAUCUGCUUCUCUCUUUGUCCACAGUGUAUUAAAACUGUCAUUUAGGCUCUUGUUCUGGUUUAACUGUCUUUUAAAGAGAUCAGAUGGCCUCUAAAGAGGUAUGUGUGUACAGCAAAAUGAAUUAUCACCCAAAAUAAAUUAUAUUUAGAAAUGUUUGUGAGGAGCCCCAAACCUUAGCCUCCUUUACUCUGUUCUGUUGUAGCAUAAAUCAUUUUGCCGGGUAGAGUACCUGAGGAAAUCCCACCCACAGGCCAUACACUUUUCCUAAUGAUUCCAUAACUUAGUACUUUCAUCUGGUCUUCGCACAGCUGGAUGCUGCCCCUCCUUGCUUAAGAUCAGACAGUCCAGGUUUCUCACAACACGUCACUUUCAUAUUUACCAAUAUUAAAAUAUAUUGCCCAUUGGUAUACUGGACGCACCUGGUUCUUAGGGUUGAAUAUGGACCUUCAUUCUUGUAAAUGCCUUUCCCUUUGAUUUUCCACCGUACACUGAAACUCUGAAAGUCUUACCUUAAAUGUCAGUCACCUUGCAAUGGGCUCAUCCCUUGGACAGUUUAAAUGAGCGUUUGCAUGUGUAAUGUUAAAACAAAAGACCAUCUAACUCAACCAGCGGUAUUUCCCUUUUUAAUGUUUUUGUUUUUAAAAUAAUGAUUAUAAAAGUUUCAAAAGUCAUGUAAAAAUUAAUAUUGUUCUUAUAUCCAUAUAUGUUUAAAUGUUGUCUUACCAAAACUAGCAUUUAACUUUUUCUUUCCAACCAAUUUACACGAAAGAGGCCUCUUCGUCCCUGCCAGAGGGCUGACGGGCACGGCCUCUGUCUGCCCCUGAGCAGGGUGAGUGGUGAGGGCUGCGCAGUGAGAAGAGGGUCCUGGGAGCUCUGCAGCCCUAGCCCAGGGGCAGGGUCUGCCCAGGUCAGUGCUUCCAACACAGAGUGAGGGGGUGUUUACUUGAGAAGUCAGCUCCCCUUUCUGUAGAGAAGAUUCCUUCUCAAACUGGGAACGACAGACGCGGUUCACACUCAUGCAGAUCAGAAAAAGGAAUGGAAGAAAAGGAAGGUUACAGUAACCUUUUAUCUUUUAUAUGACAUGCAACAAACUAACUUAUUGUUAUUUUG